AAGAUGAUGAACUCUUCUCUUCUAACUCCGUCAUCUUCUUCUUCUUCCCAUAUCCAAACUCCGGCCACGGCGUUCGACCACGAAGACUUCCUCGAUCAAAUCUUUGCCUCCGCCCCAUGGCCAUCCGUCGUAGACGAAGCUCAUCCUCCUCCUCCCUCCGAUGGCUUCGGCGACUCGAGGCAUCAACAGAUCAUGAUGAUGCCUUUAUCGUCACACCAUCAAAACGACGUCGCUGAUGGCUCCGCCGUCCACGCUCUUUACAAUGGCUUCUCCGCCGGGUCGGGGGGUGGAUUGAUGAACCAGCAAGGACAAACGCAAACGCAGUCACAAACGCAACCGCAGGCAAGUGCGUCUACAGCUACUGGCGGUACGGCGGCGGCUCCGCCGCAGAGUAGGACUAAAGUCAGAGCUAGGAGAGGUCAAGCAACUGAUCCUCACAGUAUCGCCGAACGGUUACGAAGAGAGAGAAUUGCGGAGAGAAUGAAAGCUCUUCAAGAACUCGUUCCUAACGGCAAUAAGACAGACAAGGCAUCGAUGCUCGAUGAGAUUAUAGAUUAUGUCAAGUUUUUACAACUCCAAGUCAAGGUACUGAGCAUGAGCAGAUUGGGUGGUGCUGCUUCCGUUUCGUCUCAAAUCUCUGAGGCAGGUGGAACCCACGGAAACGCAUCCUCCGCCGUCUCCGGCGGUAAUCAGACGGCCGGAAACUCCAACGACGGCUUAACGAUGACGGAGCAUCAAGUGGCGAAGUUAAUGGAAGAAGACAUGGGCUCGGCCAUGCAGUACCUUCAAGGGAAAGGUCUCUGUCUCAUGCCAAUCUCUUUAGCCACUGCCAUCUCAACAGCCACGUGUCACUCUCGUAGCCCUUUGAUCUCUGGAGCCGCCGACGUUGUAGGUCCUACUUCUCCCAAUCUUUCCGGCAUGACCGUACAGUCAACGAACACUGUGAAGUUAAAUGGUAACGGUAGUGGUAACGGCGUGACUGAGAGGUCGUCGUCCAUCGCCGGCAAAGAGUCUGUGUCCGCUUCGAAGCCGUGAUAACGGCCGUUUUCUUUUUCUUUUCUUUUUUUUUUAACUUUUGGGGUUAGGCAAAGAGAAACCCAAAACAAAACUGAGAAAGUAGGGUGAAGUGGGAGAUUAAGUCAACCAACUUUGGGUCAAAGUCUACGAAGAUUAAGGUGAAGUUGUUUGAUGCGUUCUCUAAACAGCAGUAUCUUUCGCAGAGUUUUGGUUCCUUUACCUACACCACUCAAAAGGACAGGACAUUUCUUUUUCUUUUUCUAAAUAUGUUGCGAUGUUUCUUAUUUAUUAUAAUAAAGUUUGUUUCUUUGAUCCGAAUGUAUCAUUGGGUAGGAAAGAAUAUACUAUUAUUGGUUUUUUUAUACAUGUAGCUGACAUUAUGUUAAAUGUUACUAUAUUAC